UUCAUUCUUUUGUGUGUGGAUAUCCAGUUGUCAAAACACCAUCUGUUGAAAUAACUAUUGUUUCCCAUUGAAUGUUCUUGACACUGUUCUCAAUAACAAAUAUCUCUAGAUAUAUGGGCUUAUUUUUGGACUCUCACUUCUACUGGAUUGAUCUGUGGGUGUAUCCUUAUGCCAGUACCACACCGUUUUGACUGCUGGCAAAGGCAGCAAUUUCAGACUAUAGAACAGAAAACUGAGGAGCUUGACAAAGACACUGGGAAAAGUUUCCUGGUAAUAGCCAAGAUGUGAAUGGUCUUCAAGGUGCAUAAAAGACAACUGUUGAAAAGAAACGGGGUGAUUAGCAUCUCCAUAGACAAACAUAGUCACAUUAUCUUGGAAGAAUUUUAGGUAAGACAUCCAAAAUAUUAGGCAACAGUGAAAUAUAGGCAAGAACAGAAUGAAACAAAGAAUGAGAGUGGCUAAAGGGCAGGGCUUGGAGGAAACACCCUCUGCCUGCCAUGUGUGCAGAUGAUGAGAAAGAAUGGUGGGUCAGUUCAGGAAAGCUCUUGAAAGGGUUGUUGAGAAAAUUCCCACUCUCUCCAACCAGACCUUCUUGGUUUACCCAGCACUCCCACCCCCAGGGAGGAGCCAGAAGUGAUUCUUUGUGAUGUCUAAGCUCACACCCACCCACCCAGCAUAUCCCCUACUGGCUGGGGCAAGUGCCUAACUGAACAAACAAAGCCAAAGGGUGUGACUCCUCAUUGUACCACUAAGGGGUAUUUUACAGUCUGGUCAGGAGCUCUGGAGAAGACCAUUGGGAGGUUUCAACAUGGCUAAAGUUACCAGGAAGCCAGAGGGAGCGAGCACAGUUAUGAAACAACCAACACUAAGCAAGACAACCCCAAACACAAAAACGAAGAAGAGAAAGAACCACUAUCAACCCAGAUCCACAGGGACUGGCAAGGUAAACAAGAUACAGAGGGGAAUAAAAAGACUGCUUUGUGGAAAGUCAAGAAAAAGAUCCUCUCAUAUUAGUACAACAAUUCCAAGGAAGGUGAAGAGAGUGAAAAAAGCCAAGAAGUUUCGGCCUUUUACAAAAAUUGAGUAGUAGCCUACACUCAAAUCACUGAGUUCAGGCCCAGAAGACCCUGCCAAAUGACAAUCCUACAAGGUCUAACACCAUAUGGAACAGAGAUAAUGAUGAUUAAAAUAAAAUCGACAACCUU